AUGGCGGCCAAUGCUAAACGACCUCUCGAAGAACCCGUCGAGCAACGCAAGACCAAAACUGCCAAGGUCAAAAAGACAUCAUCACCUACACCAGCGUCCACAAAGCCCUCAACCGUCCCAGACUCCAUGCGACCCCAACUCGCCCUCAUCACCUCCUCCGAUCGCACAGCCUUUGAGAAGCGAGUAUGGACACUCCUCUGCCAGAUUCCCAAAGGAUCCUUUUCAACCUACGGCCUUAUGGCCGCGCAUAUGGGGUCUUCACCACGGGCUGUGGGCAACGCUUUGAGGCGCAACCCGUUCGCGCCGGGGGUGCCGUGCCACCGGGUCGUGGCGACGGGAGGAGCACUAGGAGGAUUCAAGGGGAAGUGGCCCAAGGAUGGAGAGGGGAUUACUAUUGAUGAGAAGAAGAAGUUGUUGAGAAGCGAGGGAGUGAGGUUUGAUGGGAAGGGAAAGGUUAUCGGGACACCGUUUCAAGGCUUUGUAUGA